AUGCCUCCUCUGAUGCACUUGUCCUUUCAAUGUAUAGGCGUCCUGCCUCAGUUCCUCGUGCACCCAAUCCCCGGUCUACUGCAGUCGCGCCUUCCGGCGAGGAUGGCCAACCUGGCAUGGGCGUGGUUCCGGGUGAAGGUGAUCGCUCCUCCAAUGAGGGUGUUGAUCACGGUCUCCAUGGCAAUGCUGGUGAUGCAGAUGUUCGAGAAGCUCUUCAUGACCGGGAUCGCCCUCUACGUCAAGGUCUUCAACCGGAAGCCGGGGAAGGUAUACAAAUGGGAACCGCUUGUCCAAGACGAGGAGUCGAGCGAUGCAGUUUUCCCCGUGGUUCUGGUUCAGAUCCCCAUGUACAACGAGAAAGAGGUUGGCCACUCUUCAUUGUCACUGUCUUAUUCUUCAUCCUCCUCAUCUUGAUUUUGCGCAGGUUUAUCAUCUUUCCAUUGAAGCGGCCUGCAAGCUAUCAUGGCCGAAGCAUCGUCUGAUCGUUCAAGUUCUGGACGACUCAGACGAAGCCAUCAAGGUUGCCACUCUAUUUAAUCAACCCACCGCAUCUUCUCCUGCUAGUUAUUAAUCCAAGACUCCCCUACACUCCACAAUCUACCCAUUAUUCAUGCGUCGCGCGAUCCACAUCCAGCUGUGCUUCCUACUGUUGGUCGUAUAGACUCGAUAUAAACGUACUCGAAGCCAAAAAAGAAAUUAUGUCGAGCGAAAAGAUCUCCGAGCUCAGUACCCGAUUCCCAUUGAUUCGCAGGAGUUGGUGAGGGCUGAGUGUGCGAAGUGGGCUAAGAAAGGAGUAGACAUCCGGUAUGAGGUCAGGAGUGACCGGAAGGGGUACAAGGCAGGGGCGCUCAAGGAAGGGAUGAAGCACAACUACGUCCGGCGCUGUGAGUUUGUCGCCAUCUUCGACUCCGAUUUCCAGCCGGACGCUGAUUUCCUCGUGCGGAUCGUCCCUUUCCUCGUGUAUAACCCCGAGAUCUCCCUCGUCCAGUCCCGCUGGAAAUUCGGUAAGCUUUCCCAUGCCGUACAAGAUGGUUAAUACUCUAUUCUUGCUGUUUGAAUAUGGUAAUAUAUACGCUGUGAGAAAGUUUAUACUUCGUAUACGUAGGAGUGCCAAUAGACUGCCAAAGUCCGGCUCCGCCGAAUUCACCCCCCUCUUGAGCCUCAAAAUUCACCAAUUAAAAGAAAGGGCCUCCUCUCAAACCCGAAGUCUUGUGGUGUCUUGUGUCUACCUACAGAUUAUCCACGUCGCUUCCCAAAUUUCUCUCUCUCUCUCUCUCUCUCUCUCACACACACACACACACACACUCACUCACUCACUCACUCACUCACACCCUCUCUCAGUCACUCACUCACACCUUCUCUCACUCACUCUCGCUCUAGUGCGAAUAUAUAGGUGGCUUCCCAAAUAUCUUGCAUGGAAUCCAUCGCCGGGCUUUCCUCUAAGAUUGAAUCUUGUAAAAGUUAUUCCGGUGGGUUCAGGCUGCACUAAUUGUGGGGCCUCAGCCUGGCUUUUUGAGCUCCUUCUGUAUAUGAAUAGCCCUCUAUACAUGUAUAGUCUAAGAACAAUCUUACAUUGGAUGUAGAUAAACGGACACGAAUGGGGGUACCAUUUAUUGCCGAUUAGCUUAAAAUCGUAAUACCAGGACCAUGGCAUUAGAAUCCCUUUCUCUAAUUAUAAUAAUCGACGUGUUCUUUUCCUGUUUCUACACUCUGCAGUCAACGCCAGCAAGUGCCUGAUGACGAGGAUGCAAGAGAUGUCUCUAAACUACCACUUCACGGUGGAGCAACAAGCGGGCUCUUCAGCGUUCGCCUUCUUUGGCUUCAACGGUAGUCCUUCGACACACUAAAGCUUCUUUCCAGCGAUCGGUUCUGCCCUUCAGUUCAGAGAAAUGCUAUGACUCCUUGUCUAUUAAUGGCGUUUCUCAGGAAUAUCAUCUGACUACGUAUAUAUAUAUACCUGUAACUCAUUUAGGUACGGCUGGUGUGUGGCGAAUCACGGCUUUAAAUGACUCGGGAGGCUGGAAUACCAGAACAACAGUAGAGGACAUGGAUCUGGCCGUCCGAGCUUGUCUGAAAGGAUGGAAAUUUGUCUACGUGGGCGACGUAAAGGUCGGUUGCAUCUGCCAGAAUUUCGUAUUAUUGAUUUAGCUUAUCUCCAUCCCAAAACCAAACCUUCAUUGACCAAAUAUUUUUCAUCACGAAAUAAUGUCAUACGUGUGGCAUUUAUAUCUAGUUUAGACCUCAGAAAGACACGGGUCUCUGUUAUCCGGGCCUGUUCCCAGGCCUCGUGUGCUUAAUGUGCCUUCCAUACUUUCCUAACCUAUUCUCCGUCGAUCGUGGCAUCGAAUCAGGUCAAGAGCGAGCUGCCAAGUAACUUCGCGGCAUAUCGGUUCCAGCAGCACCGAUGGUCCUGCGGCCCCGCCAAUCUAUUUAGAAAGAUGGCCAUCGAAAUUAUACAGAACAAGGUCAGUGGUGUCCAGUUCCAUACACCAUCUUUGUUAAGUCACGACGGAAGAUUUACUUUCAGGGGAAUUUCAAAUGUGUCAAGCAACAUUGAUCUUCCAUAAACCGCCUUCAUGAACCACGAAGAGGUGAUGAUCUCUACGGGAAUUAUUUCCACGGAGAACUGAAUUACCUCGAUCUUGUUAAUGGCAGAAGGUGUCCCUGUUGAAGAGGCUCCACAUCAUCUACAACUUCUUCUUCCUCGGGAAGAUCGUAGCCCACACCCUCUCCUUGACCUUCUUCUGUGGGUUGAUUCCCCUAUCUGUGCUCGUUCCCGAGAUAUCCAUCCCGGCCUGGGCGAUGGUCUACGUCCCUUGCCUCAUCACCAUCGCCAAGGCAAUAGAGACGCCCCGGUAGGACGAUUGAUCGUUUCCCAUGUAGACGAAAGGAAACCAGAAAGUUGAGCCUGAUUGGGAUUUUCGCAUUCUUUCAAACGCAGCUCCUUUCAUCUCGUUGUGAUCUGGGUCCUGUUCGAGAACGCCAUGUCGCUGCAUCGGUUCAAGGCUAUCAUAACCGGCCUCCUCGAAGCCAAGAGGGCGAACGAGUGGGUCGUCACCCAAAAGCGGGGAGAUGACCACGAGGUGAAGGCCCCACGAUGCGCCAAUGAAGACGUUGAGAGCUCUCUCCUCGUCAUCGACGCGCCAAUGAGGAAACCUUUAAGAAAUAUUGGGAAAAGGUAGCCUCUCUCUCUCGCUCUCUCUCUCUCUCUCUCUCUGGUAGGUGAUAAUCUUUCAUCGUACUUGUGCUAAGUCGAUUUGAAGCCCAUUGACGUGUGAAGGUUCCACGUGGGGGAGAUCGGGGUGGGGGCUGUGCUCUUGUCCUGCGGUCUCUAUGACGUCCUGGUGGCAAAGAAGAGGUACUUCGUCUACAUCUUCCUCCAAGGCAUCGCCUUCCUGGUCGUGGGCUUCGACUACGUCGGCGUUCCAGCCGAAAGAUCCGAGUGA